UCUGGAUCCAAAAUCCAGAGCACACCAACAAAGGCUGGGGGUGAUCGCUACAUUCCCAACCGCAGCACUAUGCAGAUGGACAUGGCAAAUUUCCUCCUAACCAAAGAGAAUGACGCUGCUGAGGAAUCACCUACCAAGAAGGAGCAACAGAAAGCCUGGGCAGUGAAUCUGAAUGGUUUUGAUAUAGAAGAGGCAAAGAUCCUCCGCCUCAGUGGAAAGCCACAGAAUGCUCCAGAAGGCUAUCAGAAUAACCUAAAAGUGCUCUACAGUCAGAAAAUGACACCUGGAUCCAGCAGGAAGAAUGGCAGAUACAUUUCCUCAAUGCCAGACCGGAUCCUGGAUGCACCAGAGAUCCGCAAUGACUAUUAUCUGAAUCUCAUUGACUGGAGCUCUCAGAACUUCCUGGCAGUGGCUCUGGACAACUCUGUCUAUCUGUGGAAUCACACCACUGGUGAGAUUAUCCAGCUGCUGCAGAUGGAGCACCCAGAUGAUUACGUUUCUUCUGUGUCGUGGAUUAAAGAAGGAAACUACCUUGCUGUUGGCACAAGUAAUGCUGAGGUCCAGCUAUGGGACAUACAGCAGCAGAAACGUCUUCGAAACAUGACCAGCCAUUCUUCCCGUGUGGGGUCCCUCAGCUGGAACAGCUACAUCCUCUCCAGUGGGGCACGGACUGGCCACAUCCACCACCAUGAUGUCAGAGUGGCUGAGCACCAUGUGGCCACACUUGCUGGCCACACACAGGAGGUGUGUGGACUCAAGUGGUCUCUAGAUGGUCGCUACCUGGCUAGUGGUGGCAAUGACAACCUUGUGAACAUCUGGCCAUGCACCCAGGGGGACAGUGGAGACUUUGCUCCUGUACAGACCUUCACUCAGCACCAGGGUGCUGUCAAGGCUGUGGCGUGGUGCCCGUGGCAGUCAAAUGUUCUGGCCACUGGAGGUGGGACUAGCGACAGACACAUCCGCAUCUGGAAUGUGUGUUCUGGCACCUGUCUCAGUGCUGUUGAUGCCCACUCCCAGGUCUGUUCUAUCCUGUGGUCAACAAACUACAAAGAGUUCAUUUCAGGCCAUGGCUUUGCACAGAAUCAGCUGGUUAUAUGGAAGUAUCCAACAAUGGCCAAGGUCACUGAGCUGCGAGGUCACACUGCCAGAGUCUUGAACCUGACUAUGAGCCCUGAUGGUGCAACAGUGGCCUCAGCAGCUGCUGAUGAAACACUGCGGCUCUGGCGCUGUUUUGAGAUGGACCCCAUAAAGAAGAAAGAGAAAGAAAAGGCAAACAGUGCCAAAAGCAGCAUCAUUCACCAGGGCAUCCGCUGAGUACACAGGGCUGUUGUGGGGAUAGGGGAAGCUUAGCUUGUUGUACAGUAUUUUAAAAGUUAAUAAACUGCUCUAGUUUGCCUUUUUUU